UCUUGUCUUUGACUCUUUUCUCCUUCUCUUUUUUCGAAAUUCGAACUUUAUCUCGUAAACUAUUUCAGUUUACCUCAAAAGCUACACCUGAUAUCUCUUGGGGUUUGGUAUCCCCAAAACCCUAGAGAAGCAUGGUCGGAACUUGUCUCGAUUCCAAAGCCAACACCAUCAAGUUCCUCUGCAGCUACGGCGGCAAGAUUCUUCCCCGACAUCCCGACGGCAAGCUCCGUUACGUCGGUGGAGAGACCAGAGUCCUCGCCGUUGACCGUUCUACUCCCUUUGCAGAGCUUUUGGUGAAGCUUGGAGAGUUGUGUGGAUGCUCUGUGAAUCUGAGGUGUCAGUUGCCGACCGAAGAUCUGGACGCUUUGGUGUCCGUUACUUCAGAUGAGGAUCUCGCCAAUCUCAUCGAAGAGUAUGAUCGAGCGAGUAUGUGCCGAGAGAAAGAAUCACCAGCAGUUUCUUCUUCUCCGUUAAAGAUCAGAGCUUUUCUGUCGCUGCCAAAAUCCAUGAAAAAAGUUUCUCCUCCCCCGUCGGCUACGUCCAGUAUCGAUGUUGCUUCGGCAUCGAAAUCACCCUACGCAGCCGUUCGUUCGAAUCUUCCUGGCAUGGAGAUCCACCGUCGCGUCCAUCACGGAUCUUCUCCGGUGGGAUAUCCGGUCUGUUUUGAGAAAUCCGCCGGGAAACUCCGUUACUAUGCCUACAAUGCUCAAGGGGACCCUAAGCGUCCCUCUUACCUCGUACACAACGGGAAUCACUGGCAAUGACUCUCUCCAUUCGACAAACUCGAACUGAAAAAAAGUUCCAGAGAACCAAAAGAGAGGCAAAAAGGAUGGAAGAAACAUAUUUAUAAACAGAAGCAGAGGAUAAAAAAAAGAGUGGAAGAAGUUUUUGUUCUAUGUAAUCAGAGACUGUAAAAACGUUAAAAACUGGAUUCCUGGAUCCGAGCCAUUAAUGCAUAUCGUAUCAGCCCCAAAUUUCUGAA